AUGGCUCCCUCCCGCCCGGAGGAGGACGACGUGCGUGUAGCGGGCGACCCCAAGGUCCCCCCUUCCUGCGAGGACGCAGAUAUUGCACCGGCAGUACAAACUUCGAGGAGGCGCCAGCCACGUGUGCGCCCCGUCGACAUCGAGCACCAGUGCGGGGUCUCGCUAGGCGAGGAUCGCAGAUGCGGCGCGGCGUUGGCAUGCAAGCGGCACUCCAUAGGCGCGAAACGCGCCGUCGCCGGGCGAUCCGCGCCGUUCGACCAGCUGCUUGCCGCCUCUCUAGAGGAGAGAGUUUGA